GAUGAAGUGAUAUAAAAAAAAAUAAAAUAGUUUAUUAUAAUAACUAUUAACUAUAUAGCAACUACUAAUUAGUAAUAGUUUAUAGUAUCGGUUUUAGUUUUAAAGGUGAGUCAAUAACGACUAAGUGUAUAUUGGAUACAAUAUAUGUCUCUGUGAUGUUGAAUAGUAAUUUUAAGACUUGAAUUUAAUGAAAAAUUUCCAGACAUACCUAUAAAAAAGUUUCUCAAAUUAUUAAUGAAAUGUCUUAAACUAAAUUUUGAAUUUGACUAAAUAAUAGUGAAUGGCAUUUUUAGUCUUAAUGGUAUAAUAGUUGUUAUUAUAACGUUUAUUUUAACUAUUCACCAAUUUAAUAUGCCUUCUGAACGCCGUUUGUGGAAAAUAGUAUUUGAUAAUUUUUUAAAAUCUCUUCAACCUAAAUUGAAAGAAAAGCCAGUCGGAUCUGAUGCACAAGGUAAUAAAUAUUAUGAGUUACAAGCCGAUCCUCAAGGUGGCCGUAGAUUGCCAAGAAGGUGGUUUGUACCUGUCGAUGAAGAAACAGGUGUUCCAACACCGGAAUGGUCACAGUGGUUAAGAGGACGGCGUGAUGAGCCACCAACUCCAGAGGAAAUUGCUCAUAACGAAGCUAUUUCUAAUAUGAAGAAAAUUAAUGCUGAAAAUAUAGCAGAAAAAUUUAGAAUUACAGAUUCUAAAGAUAAUGAGACUAAGUAUCAACAAAAUAGUAAAGGAUUUCCUGAUAUGUCAGAAGAAUUUGAGAGACAACCAGGGAAUAUAAAAAGUAAAAUGAAAUAAAUUUUAUUGUAUUAACAACUAUCUUUUGUAAAAUAUAUUUCAAAAAUAAUUUAUUAUGUAUUAUUUAGUUUUGUUAAUACUUAUGAAUUUUAGUAGAAUACAGUAUUAAUGUAAUAUUAUGUCUAAUAGAUAAUAAUAGUUAUUUUUGGGUAUA